UGAGGGAGGCCGGCGGGCGGCUGAGCUCCGGGCGCUGCUAGGGAGCGGCGUGCGCUGCACACUCUCCGGGGCGAAGCGGAGGGCGUGGGGGAGCCGACCGCCGGGAGCUGUUCUGAUCGCCGACGCGCACGCGAGGGGCCGGUGGCGACCCCGGCCCCGGCCGACAUGGGCAACGCCGGGAGCAUGGAUUCACAGCAGACCGAUUUCAGGGCGCACAACGUGCCUUUGAAGCUGCCGAUGCCCGAGCCGGGGGAACUGGAGGAGCGGUUUGCCAUCGUGCUGAAUGCUAUGAACCUACCUCCUGACAAAGCCAGGUUACUGCGGCAAUAUGACAAUGAGAAAAAAUGGGAAUUGAUUUGUGAUCAGGAACGCUUCCAAGUGAAGAAUCCUCCUCAUACUUACAUUCAGAAGCUCAAGGGCUACCUGGAUCCAGCUGUAACCAGGAAGAAAUUCAGAAGGCGUGUUCAAGAAUCUACACAAGUGUUGAGAGAACUGGAAAUAUCUUUAAGAACCAACCACAUUGGGUGGGUCAGAGAGUUUUUGAACGAAGAAAAUAAAGGUCUUGAUUUUCUAGUGGAGUAUCUGUCAUUUGCACAGUAUGCAGUAACUUUUGACUUUGAGAGUGUGGAGAGUACUGUGGAGAGUUCGGUGGACAAAUCAAAGCCCUGGAGCAGGUCCAUCGAGGACUUGCACAGAGGGAGCAACCUGCCAUCACCUGUGGGCAACAGCAUGUCUCGCUCUGGAAGGCAUUCUGCACUGCGAUAUAAUACUUUGCCAAGCAGAAGAACUCUGAAAAAUUCAAGAUUAGUGAGUAAGAAAGAUGAUGUUCAUGUCUGUAUCAUGUGUUUACGUGCCAUCAUGAAUUACCAGUAUGGUUUCAACAUGGUCAUGUCUCAUCCACAUGCUGUCAAUGAAAUUGCACUAAGCUUAAAUAACAAGAAUCCCAGAACAAAAGCCCUCGUCUUAGAAUUGUUGGCAGCUGUUUGUCUUGUCCGAGGGGGACAUGAAAUCAUUUUAUCAGCCUUUGAUAACUUCAAGGAGGUUUGUGGAGAGAAACAGCGCUUUGAGAAAUUGAUGGAACAUUUCAGGAAUGAAGACAAUAACAUAGAUUUUAUGGUGGCCUCGAUGCAGUUUAUUAAUAUUGUAGUUCAUUCCGUGGAAGACAUGAAUUUCAGAGUUCACCUCCAGUAUGAAUUUACCAAAUUAGGCCUGGAUGAAUACUUGGAUAAGCUGAAACAUACAGAGAGUGACAAGCUGCAGGUGCAGAUUCAGGCUUACCUGGACAAUGUGUUUGAUGUAGGAGCUCUGCUGGAAGAUGCUGAAACCAAGAAUGCAGCGUUGGAGAGGGUGGAAGAACUUGAAGAGAACAUCUCUCAUCUAUCUGAGAAGUUGCAAGACACAGAGAAUGAAGCCAUGUCCAAGAUUGUGGAACUGGAAAAGCAGCUCAUGCAGAGGAACAAGGAGCUGGAUGUUGUCCGAGAAAUCUACAAAGAUGCAAAUACCCAAGUUCACACAUUAAGAAAAAUGGUCAAAGAAAAAGAAGAAGCCAUUCAGAGACAGUCUACCCUGGAAAAAAAGAUCCAUGAACUGGAAAAACAAGGGACCAUUAAAAUUCAGAAGAAAGGGGAUGGAGACAUCGCCAUUCUGCCAGUUGUGGCUUCUGGCACAUUGUCUGCAGGGUCCGAAGCAGGAGUGGGUAGUUUUGUAGGCCCAGUUAUGGGGGCCACUUCCUCUGGACCCUUGCCACCUCCUCCUCCACCACUACCUCCAUCGUCAGACACACCUGAAGCAGUGCAAAAUGGUCCUGUCACGCCACCAAUGCCACCACCUCCCCCUCCCCCACCUCCUCCCCCUCCUCCUCCACCCCCUCCUCUCCCGGGUCCUGCAGCUGAGACUGUGCCAGGUCCACCUUUGCCGCCACCCCCUCCUCCCUCUGCACCCCCGCUUCCAGGAACAUCUUCACCUACAGUGGUUUUCAACUCAGGAUUAGCAGCUGUGAAAAUUAAGAAGCCAAUCAAGACGAAGUUCAGAAUGCCGGUGUUUAACUGGGUUGCCCUGAAGCCCAAUCAGAUCAAUGGCACCGUCUUCAAUGAAAUUGAUGAUGAGCGAAUUCUGGAGGAUUUAAAUGUGGAUGAAUUUGAGGAAAUAUUCAAGACAAAAGCUCAAGGUCCUGCCAUCGAUUUGUCUUCAAGCAAACAGAAGAUACCACAGAAGGGAUCAAACAAAGUGACAUUGCUAGAAGCAAAUAGGGCCAAAAAUCUUGCAAUAACUUUAAGGAAAGCAGGAAAGACUGCUGAUGAGAUCUGUAAAGCUAUUCAUGUAUUUGACUUGAAGACGUUGCCUGUAGACUUUGUAGAAUGUUUAAUGAGGUUCUUGCCGACCGAGAAUGAGGUGAAAGUGCUGCGGCUCUACGAGCGGGAACGGAAGCCCUUAGAGAACUUGUCAGAUGAAGACCGGUUCAUGAUGCAAUUCAGUAAAAUUGAGAGGCUCAUGCAGAAGAUGACCAUCAUGGCCUUUAUUGGGAACUUCGCUGAGAGCAUCCAAAUGCUGACACCUCAACUGCAUGCAGUCAUAGCAGCGUCGGUGUCUAUCAAAUCAUCUCAGAAACUCAAGAAGAUUCUGGAGAUCAUCUUGGCACUUGGAAACUACAUGAAUAGCAGUAAACGAGGAGCAGUUUAUGGAUUUAAACUUCAGAGUUUAGAUUUGCUCUUAGACACCAAGUCCACAGACCGGAAACAAACACUGCUGCACUACAUAUCGAAUGUUGUAAAAGAAAAAUAUCACCAGGUGUCCCUGUUUUAUAAUGAACUGCAUUAUGUAGAAAAAGCUGCUGCAGUCUCUCUCGAGAAUGUUUUGCUGGAUGUGAAGGAGCUCCAGAGGGGCAUGGACUUGACCAAGCGGGAGUACACGAUGCACGACCACAACACCCUGCUGAAGGAGUUCAUCCUCAACCAUGAGGGAAAGCUGAAGAAACUGCAGGAUGAUGCCAAGAUUGCCCAGGAUGCCUUUGACGAUGUGGUUAAGUACUUUGGAGAGAACCCCAAGACAACACCACCCUCCGUCUUCUUUCCUGUCUUUGUUCGCUUUGUGAAAGCUUAUAAGCAAGCAGAGGAGGAAAAUGAGCUGAGGAAGAAGCAGGAACAAGCUCUCAUGGCGAAGCUCCUGGAGCAGGAAGCUCUGAUGGAACAACAGGACCCAAAGUCUCCUUCCCAUAAGUCAAAGAGGCAGCAACAAGAAUUGAUUGCAGAGUUAAGAAGGCGGCAAGUGAAAGAUAACAGACAUGUGUACGAGGGAAAAGACGGUGCCAUUGAAGACAUUAUCACAGCCUUAAAGAAGAAUAAUAUCACUAAAUUUCCAAAUGUUCACUCGAGGAUCUUAGAAACCAACCAUAUAGAAGAGCCGAUGCGGUGAGGAGAAGUGUCAGGCGGCGCUUUGAUGAACAAAACUUGCGUUCUGUUAAUGGUGCGGAAAUAACGAUGUGACUUCCAGGAACCUGCCUACAUGAAGAGGGUGUGCAUGAAUGAAAACUGCCCACAUAAAUUUUAUGUGCUAUUAUUUAACUGCAGCCUUGCACACAGAUAAAAUAUUUUUAAGGGCUCGGAUUUAGCAACCACAUAGAAAUAAUGAUGGGCUUUUCUUUCAAACCUUGUUAACAAGUGCCUAAAAAAUGGAAAUACCUGCUCAGAUUAAUCAAAGCAAUAGGAUUUGAUUUGAUUAUUUUUUUUAACACCAAUUGGUUUUUUUUAAACCAAAAUGUAAAUUUCGUAUGAAAUUCAUUACCUGUCAUUUUGAUUGCACCAUGGUCUACCCUGGUAUCCUGAUAAAUUGUAACAUGGUUGCAUUUGCUAUGGGCUUCUUUUGCUGAAACGUCUUAAGGAAUUUUGUGUUUCAGCUAUAUCCAUCCAGUUUUGUAUUUAUAAGGACUUGCAAGUGACAAGUCACAUGAUGAACUACUUCUGUCCAUUACCUAAGCCCUGGCAAAGCGCAAAUGAGAUGCAGUUGCAGUGACACAUAAGUCAGUCACUCAACUUUGUCUCUAGUGUUGCAUCUUCCUUCUGUGCUAGGGUAUAAUGCCCUGUCCAAGAUGGUUACUGGGUUGAAUGCAAGGAUAUGAUGGCGUAAAAUGCCAUCUUGAGACUUAACUGCAGUACUGUUCUUCCGCUUAAGGCAGCUUUUUAAAAUAAUGCAAAUAUAUUUAUUAACUGGCACUAAUUUAACAUCUCAGUAUUAGGAUCUACCUAUAAUGGUCUUCAAAAAUCCUAAGAGUAGAAACUGGUGCCUUCCUAGCCAGGGAGUUCACUAGCUCUUGUCAACAAAUAUUCAAAAUUACAUUUGCUAACAGGGUAGUUUUAGGAACCUGGCUUUUAUUUUCCUGACAAUCGCAGGUGUUUCCCUCCCCCCCCCCACCCCAAUCUGUUUCUCUUUGUAAAUUGAAGAUGAUACAUUUGGCAUCACACAUUAAAGCUAAAUCCCCAAAUUCCUUAUGGGGAGGUACAUUUAUUGAAAAAUACAUUGUGAUUAAGUUUGUCUCUCCCCCCUCCCCCCCAGAAGGGCGCUUGACCCAUUCCAAAGUGAAAAACUGGAUUGAAGCUAUACUUUUAAUAACGCACAUUCUGCUUCUGGCUUACCUUCUUGGUAAUUACCAUCAGUAUAUUAAUUGUAAAGUUUAUUGUAUAGUAUUUAACCACUGAGUUUAUUUUAUGUUGUGCUUAUGUGAGCCCUUGGGUGAAGGUCACCUUUCCUUGGAUAACGUGUAGUUAUAUGACCUCUUUUUAAAUGUACAGAUAUUUUGCUAUAAAAUCGGUGCAGUUUUUUAUGGUUUUUACACUUCUCUUUAAUUCCCACCGAAGCCUCUGGGUAAUAAUUGUAAAUAUUGCUUUAAAAUUCAGCAGCCUACUCUAUACAAUCUGAAUGUUAUUUUAACUUAUAGUUUUUUUUAUUAAAUAUAUUUAACUACAAGAACAGCCUAGAGAUCUGUUACAUUUCACUUUAGUAUACCUAUUUACAGAUUACUUUUGAGCUGCCACUCGGUGGUACAUUUCCAUAAUGUGUACUCUGCAGAAAAAAAAGAACAUGCCAACAUUUUGUCUUUCAGUUAAAAUACAUUCUGGUAAAAAUAGCAAUUUGAUUGGAGGUACACAAGACACAAUAGUUGGAAAUUUACUACAAAGCAGCUAUUUUUGAAAUCUUUGUGCUGGCAUACAUGUGAGAACCAUUGCUUGUUUAUUCUUCAAAUAGACAAUGAUGUUGGCAUGUUCUUUACUGUUUGUCUAUUAAUGGGCCUGCUUCUUAGCAAUAUUAGAAAUGUUUUAUAAAAGCAAUUCAUGUUACCUUUCUGGUCUUUUCAUGGCAUAUGAGCAAAUAAACUAUUUACACUA